GCUAUUUUGAAUAAAAGAAGAAGAAGAAGAAGGAAAAAAAUAAUCCCUGUAGGAGUUUUGUGUUUUUGUCCGCGAGUGGGAGGGAAACGGGUUGACGUCUUCGGAGUUGGUUUGGGAGGAUUUAGUUUUUGUUGGAUUUAAGUUUAUGGCAGGGUUUCGGAGCUACUGGAUUUUAUUGUACUGGCCUGUAAAAUAAAUAUAGUAGAGGGGAGGGGGGCCUCACGGUGAUUCAAUCUCGAGGUUUCUGAGAGCAGCUUGAGAGAGUUGAUCAAGGGGGUUGCGCCGAGGGAUGGGUGGGAGGAGAGGGGGAGUGUCCUUGCUACGGUGAGGUGUUGUCCUCCGUCGUGAGUUGUUUUAGUCGGCUGUCCCUUAGCAAACUUGUAUUGUCUGUACUGUGUGAAGAUUUUUCAGGAAGUUGGCUCUGAGGUCGCGUCGCAGCUGGGACCCUCCACUACACGCCAUCUAGCCUUUUUCACUUGCCUAGCAAGCUUCCCCUGAGUUCUAGAGUCUGGCACCUCAAGGCUGUUCUUGAGAUUUCAGUGUGUUGGGAUUCCAAGCUGCCUCCUACCGGAGCAAGGGAAGCGCCAUGGUGUGUUUGCAUGUGCAAAUAGUUGACGGCCAUUGCAGCGGCAGCCGAUUCGGAGGACGCUCAAGGGCGGUACUGCAACCUUGAAAUCUUGACUCCUCACAGGAGGCCACUCUCUCAUUAAAAGUUUGUAUGAUUUCCUUGUCUAUCCUGGUGCCCCAGCUGCAACACCGCGCGCCCUCUCCGUCAGAACUCCUCUCUCCUCAUCGAGUCGUGAAAAAACUCUGCCAUGGGCACACUUAUGCACUUCAACUGUCUACUAGGUGGCUGACGCUUUGGCGGUCUUUGGAGGUUUCACGUAACCCUCCUCUUCGCUCCCAAAUCUCUUACCCAAGCCGGUAUCUUUUUCCGUCGUUCUUUUCCGGGGUUUUUCCUGAGUAUCUCGGAUUUGAGCCCCAAUCCGUGUAUACUACCACACGUUGAGGUAUCUUAGGAGUUUCAACCUUGUUAAGGAGCUUUUCGAGGCAGUGUUUUGAGCCCAGAAACCUGAGGUUUGGGCCAUAUAUUCUUAAGAGAGACAUAGCUUAAUUUUUCCAUCAAGGGCCACUAAUUAGUGUCCCUGCAUACACAAGUUUUAGAGUUUUCAGAGGUUUCUCGGUUGUUGAAAAUACAGUGCGAGAAAGCCAACAAGCCUUUGAGGUAAUAACGAAGGUCGGGUAGUUCUCCUGACUCAAGAACUGUCGUAGCACAUCACUUUUAAUUGCCUCUGCUUAAUCAUUGUUACUUUAGAAAUACCCCGUUUUGAUCUGAAAGGAACAUCGCGAUCCGAAACCGAGUGGAACAGUUACCUUUUGUGGCACCAAAUUUUAUUGUAGUUGUGGACGGCUUUGUGCCCCCAAAUCCGACAAGAUUGCGGGGUUAACUCACACAGGACCGCUGGCGAGCCAGUAUUCAUUGUGGCUUUGGGACGGAAUUGGGGGUUCCGGCGAUACUACUAAGGAGCGGAAUUGGGUGACCAGUUCCGCGAACCAUAGCUGGUCCCUCCCCCCCACUGACCAGAACUGGAGCCUGGCCGCAGCGGCUGCACCUUACUAUGAUCGGCAGCAGCCUCAGGUGGGGAUUCUUGAGCGGCAAUCUAUCCCACCGGGUGCCAUCAAGGAAUUCAAACGGACCGUAGGUGAGGGUCGUCGGGGCUCUAAGCAGCAACAACAACCUGCAGGAGGGGAUCUCAAAGGAUCCCAGGCCACCGAAUCCAAGCAAUUUUCUUCUGAGCAGAAGCAGCAACUCUCUGGCGAGGGCAACAUGCCUGGCCCAACGGCAGCCAAGACUGUUGUGUCCAAUGGUAAUACCCAAUUCCAGGUUUCCGCUAAUCAUGAGAAGCGUUUUAAAUCACUGCCGUCAGCUGAAGUCCUUCCUCGAAAUGUCACAUUGGGGGGUUACAUAUUCGUCUGCAAUAACGACACCAUGCAGGAGGACCUUAAACGCCAACUUUUCGGAUUACCACAACGAUAUCGAGAUUCUGUACGCACUAUUCAACCAGGGCUUCCUCUUUUUCUGUACAAUUAUACUACCCACCAGCUUCAUGGAAUUUUUGAGGCAGCAAGUUUUGGAGGCUCUAACAUAGAUCCAACCGCCUGGGAAGACAAGAAAUGUCGGGGAGAGUCAAGAUUUCCUGCCCAGGUGCGGACUCGCAUUCGCAAGCAGUGUAAGCCUUUAGAAGAGGAUUCGUUCAGGCCGGUGCUGCAUCACUAUGAUGGACCCAAAUUCCGUCUCCAACUCUCUGUUCCAGAGGCUGUGGAGCUGUUGGACCUGUUCGAGGAGAACGGACCCCCCUGAAGACUGGACCAUCAGUGAAGACUCGGGUGUUGUGGAGUAACCUUUUAAAAUCACCGCGUUGCUGUACGUGGUAGUGAAACUCGUUGUGGAUUAUACUUUUUAUGUCUUUUUAUGGUUAAAAUACAGGUACAUGGGUUACACUCUUUCAUUGGGACAGUAGAUAUCUAGAAACAUUUUGGAGAACAGAACUCACCUCACGAGAGAGAGAGCGAGAGUCCACUUGACGCAGACGUAAGCCUGUAAAAUCGUUCCACCUUCCCCCUUCAAAUGCUCCCCCUUUCGGUAUAUUCUCGCUUAGGAUAUCACCCUUUGUAAUUUCCCACCUUUUUUUUUCCCCCUUCUCUUAUUCUUUUCUUUUUACGGGAAAAGAGGUAGCCACUUGUAUUGAUCGAGACUUCACUGAGUUUUUUGGCCACAUCAUUGACAAGAUACGAUUAUGUUCAAAUAAAAUACCUUCUCACCAGUUCUCCAGUUGGGCAACGAAAA